AUGUUAGUGAUAAAGAGCGUACAAGACUGAUCGCGCAACCUGUUACCCCGUUUGAUAUAUAGACCGUGAUUUUUGUGCGGUGCCAACGUCUUUUUUUGGCGCAGCCAAAGCCUUCCUUGUUUGACAUUAUCGCACACAAUGUGGCCUUACUACGACGCCGACGAGUGGAGCGUUUUGCCGCCGGAACUUAAUAGGAGGUUUAACCCAGCCUUUAACAUGGCCUCCAUAAAGCAGGCUUUCAAUGAGGCUGUGGAGAGAGUCUCGACAGUUAGGAUGCCUGCGCCAACACGGCUGAGGGAUCUGAUUAGACAAAUACGAGCCGCACGAACGGCAGCGGAAGAGAGGACGGUCGUGAACAAGGAGUGCGCGUACAUUCGCUCAACAUUUAGGGAAGAGGAUAGCGUGUGGAGAUGUCGUAACAUCGCCAAGCUACUGUAUAUUCAUAUGCUGGGAUAUCCAGCGCAUUUUGGUCAAUUGGAGUGUCUGAAGCUUAUUGCUUCGCCUAGAUUUACCGACAAACGAAUCGGUUACUUGGGGGCCAUGCUGUUGCUAGACGAGCGGCAGGACGUACAUCUCCUAAUUACGAAUUGUUUAAAGAAUGACUUGAACAGUCCUACGCAGUUUGUCAUUGGUCUGGCUUUGUGCACCCUCGGCGCAAUUGCGUCACCGGAAAUGGCGAGGGACCUGGCAUCUGAGGUGGAGAGACUGAUGAAGUCGCCAAAUGCGUACAUUCGGAAGAAAGCGGCGCUCUGCGCCUUUCGGAUUAUUAGACGUGUGCCGGAACUGAUGGAGAUGUUUCUGCCAGCCACCCGCAGCCUGAUCACUGAGAAAAAUCACGGUGUUCUUAUUACCGGCGUCACACUUAUCACAGAAAUGUGCGAAAACAGCGUCGACACUCUGAAUCACUUUAAAAAGGAAUGCGGCCAUCGUGAGAUCGUGCCAAAUCUCGUAAGAAUUUUAAAGAACCUGAUCCUAGCUGGAUACUCGCCCGAGCACGAUGUAUCUGGGGUGUCGGAUCCAUUUCUUCAAGUGAAGAUACUGCGCCUUUUGCGUAUUCUGGGACGCAACGACGUCGAUGCGUCCGAAGCCAUGAAUGACAUUCUUGCUCAAGUUGCUACCAACACGGAAACCAGCAAAAACGUCGGUAAUACGAUACUCUAUGAGACAGUUCUAUCGAUCAUGGACAUCAAGUCGGAGAGUGGGCUUCGGGUUUUGGCGGUCAACAUACUGGGCAGAUUUUUAUUGAAUAACGACAAGAAUAUCAGAUACGUGGCCUUGAACACAUUAUUGAAGACGGUUUACGUGGACACAAGCGCGGUGCAGAGGCAUCGAUCGACAAUUCUAGAAUGUUUGAAGGACCCAGACGUAUCGAUUAGGAGGCGCGCGAUGGAGCUGAGUUUUGCGCUCGUGAAUUCUAACAAUAUCAGAAACAUGAUGAAGGAGUUGCUCUUAUUCUUGGAACGUGCCGAUCCAGAAUUCAAGGCUCAAUGUAGCAGCAAUAUUGUGAUGUCUGCGGAAAGAUUUGCUCCGAACAAACGCUGGCACCUUGAGACACUCUUCAAAGUGCUCGUCGCGGCUGGUAAUUAUGUGCGAGAUGAUGUGGUGGCGUGUACGAUACAAUUAAUUUCGGAAACGCAGCCACAGCAGGGUUAUGCCGUUAGCGCGUUGUGGCAUGCGUUAGAAAAAGACACGUCUGACAAGCAACCUUUGGCACAGGUUGCUACGUGGUGUAUUGGUGAAUAUGGUGAUCUUUUAUUGUAUGGUCCAUCGUCAGAAGAUGCCGAGACUCCAGUCAAUUUAACAGAGGACGAAAUUAUCGAUGUGUAUCAAAGGUUACUCUGGAAUCCGCAAAACACUGUGGUUACGAAGCAGUACACUUUAUUGUCUCUUACCAAAUUAAGCACAAGGUUCCAGAAAGGUCACGAGAAAAUUCGUCAGAUUAUAGAUACGUUUGGUAGCAAUUUGCAUAUCGAAUUACAGCAGAGAGGUAUCGAGUUCUCGCAGUUGUUCCGAAAAUACGAUCAUCUGCGACCCGCGCUGCUCGAGAGAAUGCCGCCGAUGGAAACUGCGCGACCGCAGGCCAACGGUAUCAUAGGCAUGGUAAACGGCGAACCAGAACCGGAGGAUGAGAAGUCUUCGUCGAUUUUGGAACAAACUACGACUACAUCCGAUUCAAGUGCACUUUUAGAUUUACUUGGAACUACGGAUGUAGGCGUAACGAUGCCAGCGGCAACGACAAACAAAAAUUCUUCACCGAGCUCGACCGCGACAACGCAUAACAAUGACCUGUUGGAUCUGCUCGGAAGUUUAGAUUUAAAUACGCCUGCGCCUGUUACUCCUACGCUACCACUUCAACCGCAACCGUCGUCUGCACCGACGAUGUUCAGCCCCACCAGCAAUAGUAACUUCUUAGUAGAUGGAUUACUUAGUACCCCAUCAGUGCAAAACGAAUUACCAAGCAUGGUGGUAUUGGACAAAUCAGGGCUCAAAAUAACAUUUAAAUUAGAAAGACCGCCCGAUAUUCCUGAUCUGUUAAUCAUAAAUAUGUUGGCUCAAAAUUCUGGAAGCACCAUUUUAACUGAUUUUUUGUUUCAAGCAGCAGUUCCUAGGACAUUCCAACUACAAAUGCUAUCGCCGUCGAGUACUGUCAUUCCGCCAGCUGGUCAAGUAACUCAAGUGUUGAGAGUGACAAAUAUGAAUAGAUCGUCAUUAAGGAUGAGAUUGCGUAUAUCAUAUACGGGCCCGACUGGAUCAGUUUUGGAACAGACGGAAGUCAAUAACUUUCCCGUUUCAACGUUACAGUGACAAGAUAUAAUACAAAAUACAUUUGUACAUAUGCCUGCCUAAAAAUAAUUAAUCGAAUCUUGAAAGUGAGGACUGAGGAAGGAAAAGAUGGAGAAAUACGAGCAAUUUCGUCUCUUCGUCAUGAACAGUGAAACAUUCAACUUGGCAAAUAUAUCUAACAGACGUUUGUAUUAAUUAAGCAAUUAAAUCCUUGUAUGCGCGGCACCGAUAAGGCAUGACCUAAAACUUUAUAAGGGAGAUUUUCUAGGUAUGUCAAAAGAUAUAACAAUUUAAUUUCGCGCGCGAUUUGUUCGGUAUAGUCUAAGAAAACUUUUAUUCGCAAUGAAAAGUGAAGGUAUAUUAAUUCUCUUCGGCGCGUGUAUCAAGGCUGUCGCGGGUAAUGUGAUAUUAACAUCGCGGUCAUUCAAAAAUUAUGUUUUUACGUUUUAUUAUUGUCUAUCGUUCUCGCGUAGCUCGGUUAUGAUAAGAGAGAAAGAGUGCAAGUGCUUCGUUCUUGUGCCGCACGCGUAUUGUAUGUGUUACAAGGAAAAGAAGAGAGAAGAGAGAUGUAAAUAUUUUUUCUAACCGAAACACGCGGAGAGAAUUAGGGAGACACCGUACUCUCCGAUUCGAUUGCAUUCCCGCUGUUUUACGGCUACUAAUUUAGCGCGUAAUUUGAAACGUAGGCUAAAAGAUAUAGAGAAAACGAAGAGAUAUAAGGAAACAAGAAUGAGAGAGAGAGAGAGAGAGAGAGAGAGAGAGAGAGAGAGAGAGAGAGAAAGAGAGAGAGAAGACAACAGAAACACAGACGCAUCACACGCUACUCGAGAACAACAGAACAUGAGAAAACCAGAGGAGAGAUCGGAGGAAAGUUUCCGUCACCGAAAGUGCUCUGUCGCUGCCCCAAAAAAGUCUAUCUACGAGAAGACGCUUAACUCUCAUUGUAACAAAAAAAAUAUAUGAUCUUUUUCUACCGCUGUAUUUGUAAGAUAUCGCGAACGACUCGUGAAUGUUCGUCUUGUAAAUAUUAGAUAAUCACAGUGUGACGUACAGAGGCGAGGAAAUCUUUACGCGGAGAAAUAGGAGAAAAAGAAACACGCGAGAUGGAAUUCUUUAUAUGUGUACAUGAUAGACUUGUUGAUUCAAUAACGCGAUAAUAUUCAUAUUUCCGUCUUCGAGAGAGAAAAAUAUCUUUUUGGGGGGAGGGGGGAAGAUGUACACACAGACACAAACAUAUGCACAUACACACACAUAACGCCUACAAUGCAUGGAAUGUGUUACGUAGCGCGAGUACACACAGUUUCAAAUUCGUAUUCAGAAUACAGAGUAACAUUGGAGGGCUGAAUUCUGAUUGUCAUAUUGCGCGUAUGUAUGCAUGUUGAAUCUCGCAUGUGCGAAAAGUUUAUUAUUAGAAGAAAUAUCUGAAGUUUUGUUAGCGGUUUAAUUAGAUUUUUCCGUUACGUCUGAAUGAUAUUAAUUUGUGCAAAACAUCAAUGAUAUUUCGCUAUAUUGUAUGAUUUUAUUAAAUUGAAGAGCGUCUCAUAUAAACUAGUCCAAAAAAUUAAAUUUUCAAGAAACAAAAAGCUUAUCUUAAAUGUUCAUGUUGUAUGAAUAUAACUUUUAAAAGAAAAAAUUUUUUGAACUUGUUUGAGUCUCGCAGAAAUUUUAUAUUAAUUUUAUAUAUAUUUUUGCUAAUUUGUUCUAUUUUAUUUUUUUCGUAUAACAUUAAAAUAAGGAAGGAAAUAUUUGAAAUGUUAUUUAAAGCAACAAUUUUUACAAUAAACUAGUUUUAUUCUUGUAAAAUAACAUGUGUUAAAUUCAUAUUCCUAUUUUCUAUUUGAUUUUUGUCAGAAUAAAUUGUUCACAAUGUGAUUUUUGUAAAAAUGGACUUAAUUUUUAUGUAUAACUCUUCAAUUGAUUUUAAUGCAAAUUACGAUGUAAAGCGAAAUUAUAAUAGUAUCUUAUAGCUGUGAAUUUGUUUUAUGAAAGUAAAAAUGCAAAAUUCGAUGUUUCAUAAUUGAUUUUGGGUGCUUUCACAUAGCUAAAAUGCUGUAUAGAAUUGUCGUAGUUGGAAACAGGUGGAAAGCAUUGAAUCGUACAUUGUGUUACACAGUAUCACUUGUACGUUAUUGAAAAGUACUCAGUAGCUAUGUCGAAAUGUGUCGUGUUGUGUCGUAAUAGGAAAACAUACAACAACACUGUGUUACACUGUCAACUGCCGGAAAGCACCCUUUAUAUCUACGAACGUAGUUUAAUAUCGAUUCAGUUCUACAUCAUUAUUUUUACAAAAGUCGCAAUAUAAGAAAGGAUAACUGUAUAUGUAUAUGUUGACAGUAGUCUACUUUCUAAGUUGCAGUAAACACUAACAUAAAAUUAAUAGUAAAAUAACGAUGUACAUGGUUUUGCUAUCUAAUUUUGGGAUUCUAAUUUUACUAUUUACUAUUCAAUUUGAAUUAUUUACAGUGUCAGAAAUAUUAUCUUUGUACAUAUAUGUCAAAUAAUGAGAGAAUGAAAUGUACGGGAAAAAACUCAUUCAUUUAACGAUUUUAUACUUUGUUGAAUUUUUCUAUCUGUCGAUGACGAGUAACAAAUGUAAACCCUAUAAUAGGUAUACAAGUUAGAAAGAAAUAAUACACCGAGAGCAAUAGAAUAUCGGCAAAAUUAUAUUUCUAGAUAUAUCUAUUUUCUAUCUAAACUCUUUUCUAUGAAUUAAGUUAUAAAACACGCCGUUGUACUUAAUUAUUUAAUUCGCUCGAAGGUGGCGAAGGUGAUCAUAGCGUGAUGCGAUGUAGAUGUAAAUGUAUGUACAUACCAUAUAUAGAAUUCAAGAGCCGUUGUUCUGGCAGUUCUUUCAGUCGUACGUUUCCUUCUCUGAUUUCUAACCGGGAUAUUUUACGUAUAACUUCUUGAUUAUAAGUUUAUGAUUGAUUGAGUAUAUAAUUGUAUGCAUUUUAGCUCCGUCCCUUAUAUGUGUUGUGCAAGAUAUGAGUGCGCGCGCGCGCGAGGUAUAGGAAAUAUAUAUAAAAUAGAACAGGUAGGUGUGCGUUUUCUGAGUGGCCUUGUCCUUAAAGUCUGUGACACAGUGCGUCAGCCCUUCAGUGGGGGGAGAGGGGGAGUAUUGCUCUGCCUACUUGUUCUGAAUAUUACAUAUUAGUUUUAUAAACAUGCUUAUAAAUAUAUAAAUACAUACACGAGGAUAUUGAUUAAUGAUAAGAAUGCUGUAUAUAUACUUUCUAGCGAAUCAAGGUGUGAAAAUAAAAUGUAUUUUUAUUCCAA